GCUUCGUACGCUUGUCACCAGGCUUCAGAUGGCCCACGUUCUUUGUGAUAUUGAUCCGCCCCAGUGCGCAGUCCUACUUCAGGCCUUCAGUGAGGUUGGUGGAUUUCUUCGUAACAUUAUGCGUAGCCAAGUGGUGCUCCACCAGAUGCCUGAGAAUGCGCAGGCCUUCCUGAGCUCUGGGCUGCAGGUUCUGGUCGCACCUGGAUUUGAGGACCUCCUGCGCUUGGUUGGGAACGAGGCCACUCGGCUGCGCAAAGAGGACCAGCGUGAAUCCUACCGAGCUUGGAUGCAGUUCCAGCGCACGGCGGACGAGGGACAUCGACUGAUUGCGGUGGUCCACACCUUCCAGCGCAUUUGGGGCAGGGCUCGACGCGGCAUCUCUCGGCAGUGGGAGCAGCAGCAUCGCGCGGACAAUGUGUGGGGCAACAGGUCCCGCUACACCUCUUCGGACAGCGCUUUUAGCCACAACCUGGACUCGGAGGUGGCUGUGCUGAGGGGCCAGUUCAGCGCGACGGUCCUACUGGAUCUCACGAAGGCAUUCGACAUGGUACGGCCGUCGCAACUAUUUCGCGAGGGUUGCUUGCUUGGCUAUCCGCCGAGAAUGCUGUGCAUGUUGCUCAAGAUGUACGCCCCGCCAAGGAGCCUCAAAGGGUACGGCACCUUUUCUGACAUGGUGCAAGUGGACCAAG